UUGUACAAUAAUUACAGCAUUAUUUUCCAAAGUUACUUUUAUGGGUUUGUGUUAAGCAUGGCCAUAGCUGUUCCAAUAAUAUGGAAGUAUUCGAUGGAAAUGACGGUAGAGUGCUGCAGCGUUUUGAUCUUUUGCAUCACCAUGACAUUCAAAACCAUCAUGUGCCAGACCGACACCGUUAAGAAUCUACUGAAAUACAUUCUGAAAAAGCAGGCUGAAUUGAAAAGUUCAAUCGACAACGAAUCGAAACAGAUCUAUAUCAAACACCAAAACGUUACAUAUUUUUUUAUUGGACUUAUCACGUUUCAGACGGGAGUGGCGGCUGUUUGUCUCCUUUUGACCAAAUAUCAUUCGUAUUGGGACAUGGAGACGAACCAGAGUUAUCCCAACAUCACGAUGUACAGGAAGAAACCUUUGCCCUACGUAAUUUGGUUGCCGUUUAACAGUGACGAACAUUAUGUUCCUGCUUUUAUUCUUCAUUCGAUUGCAGCUUCUAUUGGCGUUAUUUUCAAUGCCAUCACCAUUACUUUCUACUUGACGGUCAUGAUUUUUAUUCGCUGCCAGUUGAAAAUUUUGCAGCUCAGGAUCAGGACUCUCGACACAACAAUAAAUAAAGCCGAACUGGAAGUUAAAAAUAGAUUAAGAUCUUUGAUCAUCGACCACCAAACAAUCAUUGAGUUUUCAAAACAGUUCAAUAACGACAUUAAUUUGAUUUUACUGCUAGAUUUUACUUUGAAUUCAGCCCAACUUGCAUCAAUAUGUUUCCAAAUGAUCACAAGAGAUUUAAGCAGAAUAAUGAUGCUUUUUCUCUUCAAUUACCUCGUACUAACCUUGUUGCAAAUUUUCUCUUUCUCUUGGUAUGCUAACGAAAUUAAAGAGCAGAGUUUGGGCGUAGCAGACGCAAUUUAUGAGCACAAUUGGUACGAACAAUCCGUUUCGAUCAGGAAAACACUCCUGUUGAUGAUGAUGCGGGCUCAGAAGCCCUUAACUUUGACAAUUGGUCCAUUUUUUACAAUGACCAAUAGUAUACCAUUAACGGUUAUGAAAGCGGCGUAUUCGUACGUAACUUUGAUGACCACAUAGAAAAGAAAAAAAAAUAGCAAGUUUCAUGUUUGUUGCUUGUUUGUUUAAAAUAGUUUUUAUUUAUAUAUUGAUUAAUUGUUAUAAAAAUAGAAUUCAAUUUAGGGUGACAUUAUUAACUUAUCUUAUCUCUUCAAAAAAAUGGUAACAAAGUAUCCUUUUACAAACUAUUAUAGUUGAUAAGUUUCCCAAUAUCAUGCA